AUGCAUGGUAGGACCAUUCCGCUCAAGCUCCUGCCCUCGCCUCGAGCGCCAGGUUGGAAAGACCCGUCGUUUCCAAGGUUUUCCCUUCAUUCGCCGUCUAUUGAGGCUGCUGCUGAUGGUGGUGUUGAUGAUGAUGAUGAUGAUGAGAUGAUGAUGAUGAUGAUGGUGCUAUUGAUGGUGCUAUUAUUGAUGCUGCUGCUGCUGCUGCUGCUGUUGCUGCUCUCGCUGCUUGUGGAGGUGGUAGUGCUGGUGGGGGGCGAGCUUCCAAUCCCUUUCAUCGGGACGAUAUCUGGAGCGCUGCCAGAGCGGGGCGCCCAGGCAGAGGCUACCAUGUCAGAAUCAACAGUGACAGAGCCAUUGGGUAUGACCAGGUUCCAGGCCAUGGAGCUCCAGAUGCGCUCGGUUCCGGGCUGGCAGCCGCUGGACGAGCCCCAGGCGGUGCUGCCCACCGCCCUGGAGAUGCCCGAGGACGCGGCUUUGGCGGCGCGUCGAAUCGACGCGCUCAUCGUCGGCGUCCUCACCGUCGGUCUGGCCGUCGUUGCGGCAACCGUGCCAGUGGCGAUGGUGUCCUUCCUGGCAUGCAUGGGAUGCCAGGGAGCUUCGACAGGGCCACGGAGCAGGAGAGCUGGGCACCGUGGGAUGCCUGUCGCUUGGUGUCCUCUUCAAUUACUCCCGCUCUCGGCAGGCGAAGUGGCACAGGAGCAGAAGGACGAGGAGGAAUUCGAAAUCCGGCUAGGCCCACUUAAGACCGCCAUCUUUGGAGUCUACUAUGCUUGCAACAUCAUCUUUCUGCUAGCUCUGACCUCCUGGUCCAAAGCAGGGAAUCUGAUGCUGGGCGGGGCAGGGCUGGACUGGGAGGUCAUCUGGCUCUGGCUCGUGGUCGUUCUGGCUGCGGACGUGGUGGGCUACUUUUUCCGCAGGGUGCAGGCGGCGUGGAUGAAGCGCCAGAUCAGCGUCACAGACCCUGCCAUUUCCAUCGUCAUGAGCGUCUUCCCCGUUCUGGGGCCACGGGUGGAUCUGCUCAAGGAUUGCCUGUUUGCUGGCGCCGUGUUUCAACUCGCGGCCUGCCAAGCGGACGACUCAUGGAGACGCACCGCAGGCUUCUUGGUUGGGAACGCAGCGCUCCUCACCAUUUUCCUGCCGGCACCGGCCUU